AACUCUUUUAAAACUCUAUCUUCUUGUCCGACAAAUCAAACACAACAACCACUACUUCUUGUACUUCAGACAGACAGACAGAGAGCCGCGAUGCACCCGAUCAAUGCCGUGAUUGCGACUCGGAUGCUGGCUCGGAACCUGGAAUCGGACUCGGCGGGGCUUGGCGGCAUACCGUUCGGAACGGCGUGGUGGUUCAUCUACGCCGGGAUCUCUUGCUUCCUCGUCCUCUUCGCCGGAAUCAUGUCCGGGCUCACUCUCGGCCUCAUGUCCCUCGGCCUCGUCGAUUUGGAGAUCCUCCAGCGUAGCGGCACCAUUAGCGAAAAGAAACAAGCAGCUGCUAUACUUCCAGUAGUUCAAAAGCAACACCAGCUGCUUGUCACUUUGCUUUUGUGUAAUGCGGUUUCCAUGGAGGCCCUUCCUAUAUACCUGGAUAAACUUUUCAAUCAGUAUGUCGCAAUUCUUCUCUCUGUAACUUUCGUUCUUGCUUUCGGGGAGGUCAUUCCACAAGCAAUAUGCACAAGAUACGGGCUUGCUGUAGGGGCCAAUUUCGUAUGGCUUGUGAGAGUUUUAAUGAUAAUUUGCUAUCCAAUAGCUUAUCCCAUUGGAAAGAUUCUGGACUGGGUUCUGGGACAUAAUGAAGCAUUAUUUAGGCGGGCGCAGCUUAAAGCCCUUGUCUCCAUCCACGGCCAGGAGGCUGGCAAGGGAGGGGAGCUUACACAUGAUGAGACAACAAUUAUUAGCGGAGCCCUAGAUUUAACUGAAAAGACUGCUGAGGAGGCUAUGACACCUAUUGAGUCAACCUUUUCCUUGGAUGUCAAUUCGAAGUUGGACUGGGAAGCAAUGGGGAAAAUUCUUGCUCGGGGUCAUAGUCGAGUUCCUGUCUAUUCUGGGAAUCCAAAGAAUGUAAUUGGACUUCUUCUGGUGAAGAGUUUACUCACCGUACGACCUGAAACAGAGACCCCUGUCAGUGCUGUAUCAAUCCGCAGAAUUCCACGGGUUCCAGCAGAUAUGCCUCUGUAUGAUAUAUUAAAUGAAUUCCAAAAGGGAAGCAGUCAUAUGGCAGCUGUGGUGAAGUCUAAGGGAAAAGGCAAGACUCUUCCUCCAACAAUUGAUGGAGAAAAAUCUGAAGAGAACAAAGUUUCUGGCGAGGACUCUCAACUGACUACUCCUUUGUUAAAGCAGGAUGAAAAGUCGGACAGUGUUGUUGUUGAGAUUGACAGGGCUUCAAUGCCUACCAAUGUGAGGAGGCCACCAUCUUUUAGGCGUAAUGACACUGCAGCUAAUGGCAUACCUCAUUUGUCAGAGGAUAUUGAAGAUGGUGAAGUUAUUGGUAUCAUCACUCUGGAAGAUGUGUUUGAAGAACUUCUGCAGGAGGAAAUUGUGGAUGAGACAGACGAAUAUGUUGAUGUGCAUAAAAGAAUCCGUGUGGCUGCAGCUGCAGCUGCUUCAUCAAUGGCACGAGCUCCAUCAGUUCGGAGGAUAACAGGCCAUAAGGGAGCAGGAGGCCAAAUCAAGCAAGGGCAAACCCCAAAGAAAUCUGCCGAGGAUGAUUUAAAUUCCACAAAGUCACAUGGAGCUUCUGGCGAACCUUUUGGGAAUAAGAAAUGAGUGUAUUGAUCCCUGUCAUCGUUAGCAAGGGUGUUUAUUUUCAUACAGAGAACUAACAGUUGGUGGUGGUGCUGGUUGAGGAGAGGAAGGGAGAACAAUAAACUCAACCGAUAUUUUGUAGAUGUGAAAUUUUAUUUAGAAGAUGCCGCAUGGUUCUCUGCUAAACUAUCGCUACAUUGGGAAUGUAAAUCUGUACUCCACGCAGAAUGUACGAGAUAUCAGGAUUUUGAACCUCUUGAGCUUAGGCUCAACUUAAUUUUGGGAAGAACGGUAUGGGAAAAGGGUUCUUAAACUAAGAGGGUAAUAAAACCCUCGUAAUGUUUGAAGAGGUUGUAUUAUUGAGUUUUACCUUCAAUCUGCUGUUUUGAAUUAUGUGAAUAAAUAAAAUAAAUUACUUGCUCUCUCAA